AUGGCGGCCUUUGUUGUCAUGUGAACGGCCAGCCCCGGGUCUUCUUCUGUCGGACUGGGGCCAGGGUCACGGCUCUUCUCAAUCACCUCCGUCAGUUGUUGUGUCAGCGAGGAGAGGCCCCGCUGGUUUGAUGUAGAUGGCUGGGAUCUUCCGGCGAUGCUCGCCCUCUUGGCAGCCCGUCAGAGUGGCUGCGAUGAUCCGCUGCGAGUGAGGAGAGCCGAAUGUACGAGAAGGGUAGUAAAUUUAGAAUUGAACAAAGACCGGGAUGUGCAGAGAAUCCAUGGAAGUGGAAUUAAUACUCUUGACAUUGAUCCUGUUGAUGGAAAAUACAUGCUGUCCGGGGGAUCAGAUGGCAUAAUUGCAAUAUAUGAUUUGGAGAAUGUCACUAAAAAACUACAGUAUACGUGCAAGGCAAUUUGUACAGUGGGCAGGUCCCAUGGCCAUGUGCACAAAUAUAGCGUGGAGACUGUUCAGUGGUAUCCUUGUGACACUGGCAUGUUUACAUCCAGCUCGUUUGAUAAAACUUUGAAAAUAUGGGACACAAACAGACUUUUGCCUGCUGAAGUGUUCAGCUUUGAAGGAACAGUUUACUGUCAUCAUAUGUCUCCAAUUGCAACCAAACACUGCCUGAUAGCUGCAAAUACCGCUCAUAAUGGACGUGUUAAUGGUCUGUGCUUUACUAGUGAUGGGCUUCACCUUUUAACUAUUGGCACAGAUGAUCGCAUGAGACUAUGGAAUAGUUCCACAGGACACAAUACUCUGGUAAAUUAUGGAAGGGUAUCUAAUGAAAGCCGUAAAGGUCUCAAGUUUACAGUAUCCACUGGAUGCAGCCCAGAUUUUGCUUUUGUUCCUGUUGACAGUUGUAUUGCUGUGUAUGACAUCUACUCUGGACAACUGCUAACUGAACUCCGGGGACAUUAUAAUUACGUAAACUGCUGCACAAUUCAGUCUGAUUUCCAAGAACUUUAUAGUGGUGGCAGUGAUGUUAAUAUUUUAGCGUGGAUUCCUGAUCUUGGACGAACAAGUGUGGAAAAUGAUGAACCGAAAGGGUCUGCAGUUGGGACUUCUCAGAGCCUCACCUUCCAGGAUGAUUGGAGCAGCAGUGAUGAAGAAAACUGAAAUACAGUUUACUGUCUCGGAGCAUCAAAAAACUCUUAAUGUAUGUAUAUACAGCUAUAGAAUAGCUCACAUCUGUUCAAAUGUAGAAUGACAAUCAGAUGAAGCACUUGCAAUUCUAAUGACUUAGUGGGUAUACCUUUGAUGGUAUGAAGCCAUAGAAACCUGGAUUGAUUACAGGACUGAUCUGCAGUUACUGACCUCAGUGCUGUAGUGGUGCUACAACAGGUCCUUCUCCCUGAUCUUGGAAGAGAGAAUAAAUACCAGCAUUGUUUCCAACUAUUGACUGUUGCCUAAUUACCCCAUUGAAAACAUGUUUAUUUGGAUCAUAGUCAGAUAAUGUGCUGAAAGUCACGUCCGGAUUCAUUUAUAAGAGAGAUAAGAUAUUUGAAACCUGCCGGUCCUUGUGGGGAAAAAAGCACAGUAUGGAAUUGAUUCCUGCUGGGCACAGAAGAUGAAAAUAUAAUUAAUUAUGAAGAUUUAAAACAUGAGAUACUGUAAAAUAUUUAGAAUAUUGCUCUUAUUAGUUUCCAGUGCUUACCCUUUUAAUAAUUGACCAGUUCUCUUCACCAAAAAAAUAACGUUGCAUACUUCCAAGUUGAAUGAUUCUUUAUAACAAUCAAUUUCACCAAUCUCAACCAGGUAGUUUCUGGCUCCAUGCAUGAUGCCAGCACACACACAUUCAUAGGCUUGGUCUAUAAUUUAAAUAACUGGAAUUAACUGGGUUUUGUUGCAACAAAUUUGCAUCCAAAUGGUCAUUAGAGUCACAUGAUGUUGCUGGAUAAACUCAAGUAUGUCGUGGUUGCACAGUUGACUGGUCCACUUGGUUCCUUCAAUUUUCAGAUUACCAUUUGCAGUUGUCCAAAGAUUUUUGUGUUUGUGAUGAAGGCUGGUAACUAUGUUGUUAAAGUACUUAUUUAGAAAUUGGAAAGUUGAAUUACUGGAAAUGAUUCGACUCCCAGAAUAUAGAGUGCAUUAAACAUUUUUAUACAUAUAGACAAAAUGAAGUGUUUGUUUUGAAAAGAACUUUUUUUAAACUUGAAAGGCUGAAAGAUUGAAUACUGGGGAUUAAGUUUAAAUGUUGAAUUUGUGCAUUUUAAAUCUGUUCUGUGAAAAAAAUUUGCCAACUAGACAAAGUUUUUGAAAGUCAAUACAAUAAAAUCAAACCAAAAACAAAUUUUACUCAUUUUAUAUUUAACAAUAACA